AUUAAAAACACUCGUUUAUUAAUAUACUGAACCCAAGUACCCAACCCUAAAGAGUAAAGAGCUUCUACGACGUUGCGUUGGUUCUUCUUCUUCUUCCUCGUCCCCGCGCCGCGAUCUCUCUCUUUCUCCAACUUGCUCGUCCCGUCGUCUAACUCCAAAGAAUAUGCCAAAGAUCAAGACUAACCGAAUCAAGUACCCAGAAGGAUGGGAGUUGAUCGAGCCUACUCUUCGAGAGCUUGAUGCUAAGAUGAGAGAAGCUGAGAUGGAUACACAUGAUGGCAAGAGAAAGUGUGAAACUUUAUGGCCAAUCUUCAAAGUUUCUCAUCAGAGGAGUCGCUAUGUAUAUGACCUUUACUACCGAAGGGAAGAAAUUUCUAAAGAGCUGUAUGAGUUUUGCUUGGAUCAAGGCUAUGCUGAUCGUAGCCUGAUUGCAAAGUGGAAAAAGUCGGGAUACGAACGAUUAUGCUGCCUGCGGUGUAUACAGCCAAGAGACCACAACUAUGGAACAACAUGUGUCUGUCGUGUACCGAAGAACUUGCGUGAAGAGAAAGUGGUUGAAUGCGUUCACUGCGGUUGUCAAGGAUGUGCCAGUGGCGAUUAAGUUCUACGGCUUUCUGCAUAAUCCCUGAAGGUUUGCUACAAUUCUAUGUAUGACUUGUUAAAUCUGGAUUCUGUGUACCCUAUUAAAGGCUAAAAACCCUGACUAAAUAAACCAACUUGCAAAGCCUCUACCAUAACCUUUUUACACACAUCAGUUUACUACUAA